CGCACGGAGCUGACGGUGGCUUUUGUGCGUAUGAUGCACCGUGCUCGACGCACCUGUGCGCACAAUAAACCCAGCCCGGUACCGCCUGGUCCCCCUCUUCCUCCUCCUCCUCCUCCUCCUCCCCCUCCUCCUUCUCCGCCGCCGCCGCUCCAGCACCGUGAGCAUCUCAAACACACCAGCCUGGAUUUUACCAAACUACGCCUCUGUGGAGUUUACAGCUGGAUUUUAGCACUUGGAUACUCUCGGUGGUCUGUGGAGUGAUGGAAUUGAGAGAGGCCAGCGGAUCCCUUGUGAGCUCAAUUUCCCAGCAGACAACAUGAAGGAGGAAAUUCUACUCGCCCUGAUAGACAGAGAGGUCCAUCCCAUCAGACCUUACACCAUGAGUGUUGAUAACAUCUCUUUUGAAGAGUAAAAAAACAAAUUUAAACAUCACCACCUCCUCCCCUCUCCCGGUCCUUUCAUUUACCCUACAGAGGAAAACAACAAUUCCUUCACACGACCACCCUGCAACUACUGGACAAUUCACAGAUGUAACUGACCUUACGACUGUUAACUUCAACGACUGUUCUCCUGCUACUGCCCUUUUCCUUUUAUAUAUAUAUAUAUAUAUAUAUAUAUAUAUAAAUAUAUAUAUAUAUAUAUACAUAUAGUGCACAUACUGUUAUAAAGCUGUGGAUCCCUGUAACUCAGUCUAGCUACCCUAAGGUUUCAAUCUGAUUGAAAUCCCCUCAGAUACCUUUUUGGAUGAAUAGAUUCUUCGCAGCUAUGGAUCUUGUAGGUUUUUCUAUCAGGCUGCAAAUGUUCCUCAGCACAUGUCUUGGACUGGAAUUUUUAGGCACUCCAGGUCAGUGGGCACGCUACCUGCGCUGGGACGCCAGCACCCGCGGUGACCUUAGCUUCCAAUUCAAGACAGAGGCCUCAGAGGCACUGAUGCUGUAUUUCGAUGACGGAGGCUACUGUGACUUUCUGCAGCUGUCGGUGGUGGAGGGCCAGCUGCAGCUGCGCUUCAGCAUCGACUGUGCCGAGACCACAGUUGUGUCAGACAGACGGGUGGACGACGGCAGCUGGCACUUUGCCACUCUGAGCAGGUAUAACCUGCGUACAGUGCUGGUACUGGAUGGCCAGGCCACAGCUGAUGAGGUGCGGCCACAGCGACAAUUCAUGAAAAUAGUCAGCGACCUGUUCCUGGGUGGAGUGCCUCAGGAUAUCCGCAACGGUGCACUCACUCUGCCCACAGCGCGAAACAUGCAGCCCUUCCAGGGCACAAUUACAGACCUCAAAUAUGGCAUCUCGCAGCCCCUGUUACUGGGAAGCCUCAAGGUGCCCCUGGAGUCAGAAGGAUGGUGCACUGUGAACCCAUGUGAGAAUGGUGGUACAUGCUCAGUGGUGGAUGGAGAGCCCAUCUGCGACUGCUCCAAAACCGAGUACAGGGGCCGCUUCUGCAAUGAAGAGGUCAUCAGUAAUAUGCCAGGCCUUGCACAUAUGAUGGCAGAACAAGCAAGGGAAGAGAACGUGGCCACUUUCCGUGGCUCAGAGUACUUCUGCUAUGAUCUCUCCCAGAACCCCAUCCAGAGCAGCAGCGAUGAGAUCACUCUUUCCUUCAAGACGUGGCAGCGCAAUGGCCUUAUCCUUCACACCGGCAAAUCAGCUGACUACGUCAACCUGGCUCUGAAGGACGGCGCGGUCUCCCUUGUUAUCAACCUCGGCUCUGGAGCCUUUGAGGCCAUCGUGGAGCCCGUCCAUGGGAAGUUCAAUGACAACUCGUGGCAUGAUGUCAAAGUGACCCGCAACCUCAGACAGGUGACAAUAUCAGUGGACGGAAUUCUGACGACCACAGGCUACACCCAGGAGGACUACACCAUGCUGGGAUCAGAUGACUUCUUUUAUGUGGGUGGAAGCCCCAGCACCGCUGACCUGCCCGGUUCUCCAGUCAGCAACAACUUCAUGGGCUGUCUCAAGGAGGUGAUAUAUAAGAACAAUGACAUCCGACUCGAGUUGUCCCGCCUGGCUCGAAUCGUGGACCCUAAGAUGAAAAUCCAGGGUGAGGUGUCCUACAAGUGUGAGAAUGUGGCCACAUUGGACCCCAUUUCUUUUGAGACUCCCGAGGCCUACAUCAGCCUGCCCAAGUGGAACACCAAGCGGAUGGGAUCCAUAUCUUUCGACUUCCGCACGACUGAGCCCAAUGGCCUAAUCCUUUUCACCCAUGGCAAACCCCAGGAGCGCAAAGAUGCCGCCCGCAGCCAGAAGAACACCAAGGUGGAUUUCUUUGCUGUAGAGCUGCUGGAUGGCAGCCUCUACCUGCUGUUAGACAUGGGCUCUGGGACUAUCAAAGUGAAGGCCACCCAGACAAAGGUCAAUGAUGGUGCCUGGUAUCACGUGGACAUCCAGAGAGAUGGACGCUCAGGUACAAUUUCUGUAAACAGCAGAAGGACCCCAUUCACAGCCAGCGGUGAGAGUGAGAUUCUAGACCUGGAGGGCGAUAUGUAUUUAGGGGGGCUUCCCAACGAUCGCACCAACCUCAUACUGCCCACUGAGCUCUGGACAGCGAUGCUCAACUAUGGCUAUGUUGGCUGUAUACGCGACCUUUUCAUUGACGGUCGAAGUAAGGACAUCCGUCAAAUUGCUGAGGCACAAAAUGGUGCUGGCAUCAAACCGUCAUGCAACAAGCAGCCAGGCAAGCAGUGUGAGAGCUACCCAUGCAAGAACCGAGGCGUCUGCAAGGAAGGCUGGAACCGAUUCAUUUGUGACUGCACUGGGACUGGCUUCUGGUCACGCACCUGUGAGAGAGAGGCUUCUAUCCUCUCCUAUGAUGGCAGCAUGUACAUGAAGGUGGUGAUGCCAAUUAUCAUGCACACCGAGGCGGAGGACGUCUCCAUGCGUUUUCGUUCCCAGCGAGCCUAUGGCCUUCUCAUGGCCACCAAUUCCCAAGACUCAGCCGACACACUCAGGCUGGAGUUGGAUGGGGGUCGCGUCAAACUCACGGUCAACCUAGACUGUAUCAGGAUAAACUGUAACUCCAGCAAGGGACCGGAGAACCUGUUUGCCGGGCAAAAGCUCAAUGAUAAUGAAUGGCAUACAGUGCGUGUGGUGCGUCGCGGCAAAACCUACAAACUAACGGUUGACGAUGAUGUAGCAGAAGGCCAAAUGGUGGGCGACCACACUCGUCUGGAGUUCCACAACAUUGAAACGGGCAUCAUGACAGAGCGUCGAUUUGUUUCCAGCAUCCCGUCCAGCUUCAUUGGUCACCUGCAGAGCCUCAGAUUUAACGGCAUGCUCUACAUCGACCUAUGCAAGAAUGGUGACAUUGAUUAUUGCGAGCUCAACGCCCGCUUUGGGGUUCGUUCCAUUAUUGCUGACCCUGUCACCUUCAAAUCCAAGAGCAGCUACCUGAGCCUGGCCACACUGCAGGCCUACACAUCCAUGCAUCUCUUCUUCCAGUUCAAAACGACCUCGCCAGACGGCUUCAUCAUUUUCAACUCUGGAGAUGGCAAUGAUUUUAUCGCUGUAGAACUGGUUAAAGGAUACAUCCACUAUGUCUUUGACCUCGGAAAUGGGCCGAACCUCAUCAAGGGGAAGAGUGAGAGGGCACUGAAUGACAACCAGUGGCACAAUGUGGCUAUUACCAGAGACAACACCAACACCCACACACUGAAAGUAGAUGCAACAGCCACGAGUCAAAGCAUCAAUGGGGCCAAGAACCUGGAUCUCAAAGGUGAUCUGUUCAUUGCAGGACUGGGUCCAGGCAUGUACGGCAGCCUGCCCAAACUUGUGGCCUCCAGAGAAGGCUUCCAGGGCUGUCUGGCAUCAGUGGACCUCAACGGUCGCCUGCCGGACCUCCUCAGUGACGCCUUGUUCCGCAGCGGGCAGAUUGAGCGUGGAUGUGAAGGUCCCAGCACCACCUGUCAGGAGGACUCCUGUGCCAACAUGGGCAUUUGUAUCCAGCAGUGGGAGAACUACACCUGUGACUGCUCCAUGACUUCCUACACUGGCACACAGUGCAACGAUCCUGGGACAACGUACAUCUUCGGCAAAGGAGGAGGCCUCAUUACAUUCAAGUGGCCGGCCAAUGAGAGACCGAGCACCAGGACCGACAGGCUGACUGUUGGAUUCAGCAGCUCCCUGAAAGACGGCAUCCUGGUUCGGAUUGACAGCGCUCCUGGUCUGGGGGAUUAUCUCAUGCUGCACAUACAACAAGGGAAAAUUGGAGUGACGUUCAACAUUGGCACCGUGGAUAUCAGUGUGCAAGAAAGCGGUACCACAGUGAAUGAUGGGAAGUAUCAUGUUGUCCGUUUUACCAGGAAUGGUGGGAAUGCUACACUGCAGGUGGACAACUGGUCCAUCAAUGAACACUUUCCAACAGGGAACAGCGACAUUGAACGCUAUCAAAUGGCCAAUAAGAAAAUUCCUUUCAAAUACGCCAGACCAGUAGAAGAGUGGCUACAAGAGAAAGGGCGGCAGUUGACAAUUUUCAACACUCAAGCAUCAGUCGCAAUUGGAGGUAGUGAUCAUGGCCGGCCCUUUCAGGGUCAACUGUCUGGCCUUUACUAUAAUGGCCUCAAGGUGUUGAACAUGGCGGCUGAGGGUAACCCUAACAUCAAGAUCAACGGCAGCGUGAGAUUGGUAGGGGAUGUGCCCAGUGGGGCAGGCUCAGCCAGGACCACGGCCAUGGCCCCAGAGAUGUCCACAACCUUCAUUGAGACAACUACCAUGAUGUCCACCACGACCACACGGAAACACAGGUCCUCCUCAACUGUACAGCACCCAUCAGAUGACAUAGUGUCCUCCGCAGAGUGUUCGAGCGAUGACGAAGACCUGGAGGAGUGCGAGACUAGCCAUGCAGAUAAGACCUUGUCCACGUCAGGCUUUGAAGGUGGCUACAAAGCUCAGACACCCAAGACUUUUAGACCUAACAAACCUUCAGUCUCCAGACGCAGUAGGACUACCUCUACCGCCAUACUACUAACCGCCGACCAGAGCCGCACCACCGCCACAUCUGCCUCCACCGCAACCCUCCACAAUGCUCCGGCCAAACAGCCGGCCGGCAAAAUGAAUAACCGCGAGCUAAAACCCCAGCCUGACCUAGUGUUGCUUCCAUUGCCCACAUCCUUUGAGGUAGACAGCACCAAGCUGAGGGGCCCAUUAAUAACCUCCCCAAUGUUCCGUAAUAUACCCACAGCACACCCCACAGAGCCGGGCGUCAGGCGAGUACCAGGGCCCUCGGAAGUGGUCCGUGAAUCUAGCAGCACCACCGGGAUGGUCAUCGGAAUAGUGGCGGCCGCUGCCCUGUGCAUCCUCAUCCUCCUGUAUGCCAUGUAUAAGUACAGGAACAGGGAUGAAGGCUCCUACCAGGUGGACGAGAGCAGGAACUACAUAACCAACUCAGCUGUACAAAGCAAUGGCGCUGUGAUGAAGGACAAACAGCAGAGCUUGAAAGGCAGCAACAAGAAACAGAAAAAUAAGGAUAAGGAGUAUUAUGUGUGA